GAAAUCGAGAUUUUCCGUCAAUUUUUGUAUAUCCCAGCGACCUCCGACCUCCAAACCCAAAACAAAAUACAUACCCACUCUCAUCUCACCUAGGCGCACCUUCGCCUGAAGUUUGAGGAGAUUUGAGGCUAGUUUUUUUUCGACGAGGCUCCGGUGACCCCUCUCUGGCCAGUUUUACAGCUCCCUCUCCCUUUCCUCACGUCUACCUCGACCCUACUUGAGUCUCCAGGUUUUUUUUCCAACCUUUUCACUUAUCAAUUGCUGGAGAAUCGGGUUAGGGUGUGAAGUGAGGUGAAUUUUUAUGAAUUGAUGCUUGACUAUAGAAAUUUGGGCAAGGGAUUAGCUGACUAAUGUGUUUUUAUGAUGUUUGAUGUUGCAUGAACUUAGUUAAGCCUUGGUGGGCAUAAAUUUUGGUACAAUUUAUAGAUGAAUGUGAAAAUUGCCCACCAAGUGCAAAAAUAUGAAUGAAUGUGGAUCAGUGCUUGUAGUUGAUGGUUGGAAGCCAUCGAGUCAUGGUUUAGGUUUGUUUUUCUGUGUGGAUACUUCGUGAAUCACCUGGAACCAUGCCUCAGUGAGCUUUGUGUGCAUUUAAGCUUAGUUGUCCAAAAGCCAGUUUUGUGAAAGCCGUCAAGGCACAAGACCAUAGUGGAAGCCUAAGUGUGGGGGAAAUCUUUUCUCCACUUGAGGUGAAAUUGAAAGUUAUUUCCAUGUAUGGUGUAUGUAUUGAGUGUUGUUGUAGGAUGGUUGACUUGAGCCACCGGUCAUUGAUUGAGCUCAGAAGGUGGGCGAAAGUUGAAAAGGAAGCAAGGUUUUGGGCACAGUCUUGGAUUGGAGUCCACUGGAAACUCGACUUCACUCAGUUCGAUGGCCUUCACUAUGGAAAUAUCAUACGGGAGGCUGUGGCGCACCCACAAUGGCGCUAGCUUCUCUAGUUGGAAGACGACAUCUACGCGGAGCUGUGUGUAGAGUUCUUCAGCACAUUCUGCUUCCUGAAGGAGACCGACAUAAUGAGGCAACCGACUCACUUCGUUAGUUUCUGUUUGGGAGGUGUGCCUCGAAGACUGUCUUUCAACUAGUUUGUUGAAGCAACGGGAGUCCCGGAGAGGUCAAAGGAAUUAUGGGAGGUGGAUGCCCUUAAAGAUUUCAACGCGCAAUCCGCUCUCAAGAAGUUUUGCCUCCAGGAGAUGCGCCAUACUCGAUUUGUUCGACCCCGCACUUCAGCAUCUACGCUCAAGCUGCAAUGGCGUAUCAUCAACACACUCUUAGCUCAUUAUCUCUACCCAAGCUACAUGUGCGCAAACAAGAACACCGUGAGAGCAUUGCUAGCGUUCACCUCCAUGGCGGACCCAUCAAGUCAACUUCACCUUGGCUCGAUUCUGGUAACCUCUUUCAGUAGGGCUAUUAGUGGCAAUCGAUCCUACAUCACGUCUUUGGGCCCCUAAAUCACCCACCUGGCUCGACACUUCAAUGUCAACCUCGGGUGCUGCAUAAAAGAUGGUCACUUCACGAGAUUUGGGGUGGAAAACUUAAAAGCCAUGAAGUUGCUUCGAGUUUUCGGUCCAUUUCGCUUUAUUGAGGGACUCUCCCUCCCACCAGAGAUUCCUCCCCAGGAGAAGCCACCCAUCAGAGCUCCUGCCCACCACCGGCUCAUUGCAGCACCACCAUCAUCAACUGCAUCAUCAUCAUCAUCAUCAUCAUCAUCAUCAUCAUUCGGGGCCAGACCCUCUACCUCCGGACCCCACCUCGAGGAGCGAGUGGAUCGCCUCGAGGCACACUAUGUGGGAGUCACCGCUUGACUCGACCGAACGGCCGAUCUCAUAGAGAGGAUGGCUCGACGUCAGGACGUCCUCUCGGAUGACGAGGAGUGAGCUUGCCACGAUGAGGUAGCCAUCGAGGUAGACAUGUGGCAAAGGCAAUUUCUUUCGCCCCACUUCUCCACUUGCAAACUAUGAACUUUUUAUUAUUAUAUUUCUUCUUAUUUUCUCCUUAAUUACUGUGUGAACUAGUACCUUGUGAGUUCUUUAUUUUGAAUCGUAUUGUGAAACUUUGUUAUGUGUAAUAACCUCGCCUCGAGCGAGAAUGUGCGUAUGUUUGUGCUUUGUUUUGUCUCUCCCUUGAAGCUCAUACAUCCUACCCCAGGAAUUUCUCCAACUUUCAUUCACCAAGCCAUGCAGUAACAUCAUUUUACCCCCUAUUUUACGCCAUUGAGGGCAAUGUCGAGCUUAAGUGUGUGUGUGUGUGGGGGGGGGGGUAGUUUACUAUUAUGCUUGCAUGUGUGAGAGAAUGCUUGGAGCCUUGAUGUAUGCCCAAAUUUGAAAAUUUUGAGGGCUCCAAGCAAUGCAUGAUCGCCGGUUGGUGGGUGAAUCUCGUGCUUAUUUGGCAUCGAUCUUGAAUUGUUACAUGUAAUCGAGUGCAUCCUAUUAUGAUGACUGAGAGUGCAUUAGGGUUGUGCAAAAGCUUAGUUCUCAUGUGUGCUUAAAUAAAUGGAUGUCUUGACUUGGUUACUUCUUGAUUACGAUUGCCAUGUGUUGAUGUUUUUGAAAAUGGUAUAGAUGAUUGGGCGGCUAGGUAGCCAUGUGAGUUUUGUGCCGAUCGACUUUUUCAUGUAUGAUAAAUCCCUAUCGCCACAGUGGGUAACAUUCACCAUUGUCACUAGCGUGUAUGAUGGAGGAUAGGAUUAGUCCACGCCCAAAAGUUGAUUGUCCCACAAUAUUUUAUCCCCUAGUCAACCCCUUUGAGUCGUGUGACUUUGGGGGUCGUUCUAAUGUUAGGAGCUUCGUGCUUGUUGAGCUUAAUUUUGAUUGAAAGAACUUCCCCCACCCAUCCUUUCUUUGUGUCAAAGUGUGAGUCAUCCUUGUGUCUCGGAGUUCUCGCUUUUUAUCUCUAUUAAGGUUCUACGUAGGUGGUUUUGCAUGGUUCUUGCUAGAAAUAAGAAGGUAGUGUCGGAGGAAAGUUCUUAAAUGGACAUAAUUGUUCGUUAAGUGAAAGAUGUGACAUGUGUUUAGCUAUAUAGUACCCCCUCGAAAAAAGAGAAAAAGAAAGAAAAAGCAAAAAAAAAAAAAACGAAAAGAGGUAAUAAAAUGGGGUAAAUAAAAGUAGAGUGGUCAAAAGUCAAAGUGUAUGCUCUAGAAAAGGUUUCAUGGCACUCAAGCCAUUGAAAUACCUAGAUUGUUUGAUGACCUCCUUCACUACUAGGUUUGAAAUGUGAAUAGCAAGUUAGGCUGGAGAUGUGUGCUUGAAUGUAGUUCGUGAUUGGUUGUGGUUUGGAAGAAGGGAAGUGUGGUUUUUGGCUGAUGCUAGUGGCAUUUGUUUGUAGGAAAGGUUGUUAGUCGAUACCAUAGAACCUUGGGUUUAGGUUGAAGAUGUAGGACCUCAUGCCAUGUUUACCACCACCAAAAAAUCAUUUUCCCCAUGUCCAAGACAAUUGCCAGUCAUUUGAACUCGUGUCUAAGACCUCCAGACAAGCUACUGAUGACAACCGUCCCGUGUAGUCUAGCAUUUAGAGGUUUCCGCCUUGGUGGAGAGACGAUAGGGUUGAGUGUUGAUGAAUGUGCACAUAGUUUGCACCAAAAUGGUCCUGACCCCACUGGUCGAGAGUGAGUGAUUCAUUCUUGUUUUGCAUGUUCAUAUCUUACCCCGGUGAGGACCUAUGUUCCCCCGUUGUCUGUUCCUUGGACUUGAGUUCUAUGCAUGGUUAGUUGUGGUUGGUGAGUAGCCCGGUCGAUACUUGCAUUGAUUUGUGAAGAAGGUGAGAACUUUUCAUUUGCCCAUUCUUGAUGCUAUAGAAUUUCGUUUGUGGUGGAUGCCAGUAUUGUUUGAGACGGUUCAUGUGUUGAUUCCCAAAUAGUCAUUGAGAUUCACCGCUUUGUGCCUUUUGAUUUGUCCCCAAGUUAUCUUGUUAGGUUGAGAUAUCACCUAGGUUGAAAAUGGUUUGCUUGGGAACAAGCAAAAGUCUAAGUGUGGGGAGUGAUUCGAGCUCAUUUGUACACUUUUUACCCCCCGGUUUGCUUAGUCGUUUAAAACAUUUUUACUUCGGGAGGUUUGGUUUUAUGCCAGGUUGUGCCUUGUUUUCGUGUUUUUCAAACUUUGGCAGGUGGAACCAACCCCAGAGUCGAAAGUUGGACAAAAGGGCGAAAGAUCAAGUCAAACGGUGGAAACAGCAGCAGUUCACGGUUUGGACUGUGAGUUCACGGUUACUAAGACCGUGAAUUAGAGGCGAUCCCCGCAAAGUGCCACGCAUCCAGAGAGAAAAGGGUUUUCACUGGACAGGACCAUGAACUCUGACCUCCGUCCGUGAACAGAGAUAAGUGAUGCGACGCGUUUCAUCGUUGGUUCACGGGUUGUGCUUUCAGUUCACAGCCGUGAACUAAGACCAUGAACUGAGCCUGAUCUGGGUAUAUAAAGGAGGUUGAGCCAUAGGAGAAAAGGAGAGAGACCUAGUUUGAGAAACUUCUUCUUCAGAUUUCUAGAGUGAGAAAGUGACGAACCAAAGAAGAGAAGAAGCUAGGUUUCCAUUCUCUUCAACACAAGGAGCAAGGCUAGCAUCUCUUUGAUAGUUUUUCUUCUUCUCUCUUGUGUUUUCCCUUCUCCUAGCAUGGAGUAGUCCCUUAUUUCACUUGUAUGAAAGCCUAUCAAUCUAAUUGCCAUUCUAACCUAGGUAAAGAGAAAACUCCCUUCCUUUCUUUGAAAGAGGCUUGAAUGUUGGGUUUUCUUAGGGAAUUCAUUGUCACCUAGUUAGGUUAAUGCAGGGCAAACCUCCUAUUUUGUAUUAGCACCUAGGGUUUGGUUGUGGGUGGCCGUCCGAACUCCGAUUCGAGGGUGAAGUCAAACCAAUCCUUAGUCAAUAGGUCGAGAGAGUCACGUUGGUGGCUUGGAUCGUAUCCCCUUCCCUCAACCUAGAGAUUAAGAGGGUGACAUUGACUACUUGUUACGCUUCCCUAUGGUUUACAACUCCCGCAUCACACACGCUCAUUCGAUCCAUCAAUACAUAAUUGCUAGCAAGGGGGAGCAAUACCCGAGUGAAGCCUUCUCAAUUAGUGUCAAAUCCUUUUACUUUUGCAACCGCUUUAGCUAUAGAUUGUUGUUUUCACCAAAACCGACAACUAGAUAAUGUUUCAAACAAUCGAAGUAGGGGUACCUGAACCAGCUCGGGUCGAUAAUUAAACAUACUUGCGUUGUACUGCACCCGGUUAAGGUUUAUACUUGGGCCUUAAUAGGGAGUUUUAAAGUGGUGAAUUAAGGUUGAGUCACCUGCCUAUGUUUUGCCUCUAGUGUCUUCCCCAGUCGCUAAAUGAUCUUCACCUGCCCGUGUUUUGCAGACCAUGAUCCUUGUCGUUUGCCCUUGUGGUUGCCCAUGUUUUAGCAGCGAAACCCCGAUUUAGUAGCUGGUUGUGGGUUUGUCGGCCCCAACCUUGUUGUGGUACCAUUUGAAACUCCUCGGUUCCUUCUAGUUUUGAGCGUAGAAGCAUUGAGAUGUCAGUGAUGGAUGAUAGGUAGAGGACAUAUAUAUGACUGGCAAUGAUACAAUUGUUACUAACGAGGUUGAAGAUGAUAGAACUGAUGAUGAUGAUGAUGAUAGAACUGAUGAUGAUGUGUGUAGAACAGUAGAAGUAUUGACAUGAUGGUGGCGAUUAAUAGGACAUGGUCGGAUAUGAUAAAGGGUAGUGAUUUUUUGUAGAUGGGUUUAACUCUGGUGGUGGGGUCCUUUUUCCUCUCGAGCAUAAGGGUCUUCCCAAUAACUGCAGCUCCAUAGAGCAUUAACCCUCUUCCGCUGGAUGUUUCGUGAAAAUUGACAUAACAAAUUCAGUGCCAAGCCCGCUCUGAUACCACUUAUUAAGUGGAUUUCUUCGAUAGAAAUCCUUCUCGCGAACUUUGGAUAUGUUGCUCAACGCUCUCGAGUAGAGGAUGUUCUUAAUGUCAAGAACUACCUCAAACUACGAAACUAUUAGUUGAAUAACAAAACAAGAAACAUGAAUUGGGUUAUAAUAUCCAGUGACAUUAAACUAGAAAAGGAGUACAUAUUUAUAGGCACAGAACCCCAAAAAUUAUUCUCCUUCGGCCUCUGGUGCGACCCUCUUUUCCUUUCCUACCAAAAAUAUGUAACCUUCUCCUACAUAAAAUCUAUUCCUAAGAAAAUACUAGAAAGCAAUUCAUAUCCUACUAGAGCAUAUAAACAACAUAAAUUCAACCGAAUUAAUAAACAAAAAAGAUGUGC